AUGGUACCAGCGACCGGCUGCCGUAGCAUAAGGAUUUGGAAAACACAUCGCGUUAUCAACGAGUGCCUAUCGGCGUUUGGAAAACCCCAAACUGGCAAGCGAAUUUUGUCGGGCCACGCCGAGCCCCACUUGAGCAGAAAUUACAGUGACCAGCUGAGACAGCCACCAUGUCUUCGAAGCGAGCUGCUGUGCAACGUCGUGGAGCCCGUGCAGGACGGAAUGACCAAAGUAACCGUCGUGGGUGCCGGCACGGUGGGAAUCGCCUGCGUCAACUCCCUACUGUUCCAAAAAAUCAGCAACCACGUGACACUGCUUGACGCGUUCCCGAAAAGACUGAGGGGCGAGGGCAUGGACUUUUCCCACGGGCUGAUUUUCCUGGACGAUCCGCAAUUCGAGUACGACACAGAUUUUUGCGCGUCGAGCAACUCGAAGGUGGUGAUAAUAACGAUCGGCGUGCGCCAGAUGAAGAACGAGUCGAGGCUCGAGCUGGUCCACCGAAACGCCGAGAUAAUAAAAACCAUCAUCGUACCGCUGGCCGAGUACAGUCCGAAGGCUGUUUUCAUCAUCGUGACGAAUCCAGUCGACAUAAUGAGCUGGUUGGCGUGGAAGGUGAGCGGAUUGCCGAUCAACAGGGUCAUUGGCACCGGCACGCACUUGGACACAGCGAGAUUUCGAUACAUGAUUGCCAAUCGUCUCGGCGUAGCUUCACACUCCAUUCACGGGUACAUUGUCGGCGAGCACGGCGAUAGUCAAGUUCCUCUCUGGUCGAGCGUGAGCGCCGGUGGUGUCACGUUCCGGGACAUACUCCCAAACAUCGGUAUGACCACGGAUGAGGAGAAGUGGUACGAAAUCGCCCGAGACGUCAUGAGCGCAGGACCGACUGUCAGGUGUCUCAAAGGGUACUCCAACACUGCCGUGGGACUAACGGUGGCCGACAUCACCAAAGCCAUUCUUCUGAACAACCAGACCAUCAAGUGCGUCUCGACCCUCGUCCAGGGUCACUACGACGUUUGCGAGGAGUUGUUUCUGUCGCUUCCGUGUACCAUCGGGGAGCGCGGCAUCAGCAGCGUCGUGCGCGUCCGCAUGACGGAGCACGAGAGGAAGAUGUUCAAGACCUCGGCGGCACAAGUUUACAGCGUUCAGAAGGACAUGAAGCUCUGAGU